AGAGAUGAGAAACAUUUUUUGAAUUUCAAUUACAACAAAUAUCAACAAAAUAAAUAUCCUUUUCGAAAUGAAACAGUAGAUGAAAAUAACGGUGAAACGGUAAAUGAUAACAGUGAACCAGUAAACUGAAACAACAGUGAAACAGUAUAUAUAUUAGUGGUAAAAAAAAAACAGAUUACAGAGGGCAAAAACAGAUAUAUAAAAAUUAGAACAGCGAUAGCAACAGCGAACGAUAAUAGCAGCAAAAGCACUAAACAACAUUAGCGUUAAAACGGCGAACAGCAAUAAUAAUUCCAAGAGGAAUUAAUCAAUGGAUCUGAUGAAAAUAUUUCUGGCCAAAAGGUGAACCCGGUCAGAGGAAGCUAACGAGACUGGCGAACAGUUAUGUGUACGGAGGAAGCAAACAAGACUGGCGACCAAGAAGGGGUGUGGAGCGAGUGGUGGCAGCGUCUGCGCCAAAAUAAACAGAUCAGAAAGGCAGUAGGACAUGUUUCUCUGCUGCUGCUGCUUCUCCUCUACACAGGCCUCGGCGCUAAGGUGUUUCAAUCACUGGAGCACGAGGUGGAGCAGCAGGAGCAGCAGCAGCUCUGGACGCAGCUGCACCACGAGAGGCAGCGUCUGAUUAGGCAGCUCUCGAACUUUACGAACUCACAACAGUACCACCAACAGCCUCAACAGGAACAGUCUCCCCCGCGAGAACAGCACCAACAGGAACAGCACCAACAGCAAGAACAACAAGAACCGGAAGAAAAUCAGACCGUGACGGAGGGAGAGUUCGGGGUGACGGCUGAGACGGUGUCCAAGUGGUUGGGACGAUACGAGGAGGUGUUGGCGGGGUGUCAAGGCUCCGGGGUGUACCCUCUGCAGGAGGAGAUCAACCCUAGGUGGACCUACACCCAGGCUCUCUUCUUCAGCGCCACCGUCCUCACUACUAUAGGGUAUGGGAACAUCGCGCCAUCUACGGUCGGGGGUCGUGUGUUCUGCAUGAUCUUCGCUCUGGUGGGGAUACCGCUCACCCUCUCCGUCAUCGCCAACAUGGGGGACGUCCUUGCCUCCCUGGUUCCUGUCGCUGCCCUCGACAUGUUCCUCCCCAAGGGUAAGCUGCGGGCGGUGGUGACGGUGGUGUCCACGCUGAGCCUCCUGGUGGCCUUCAUAGCGCUCGGGGGCGCCCUCUUCAUGUUCCUCGAUCAGUGGACCUUCACCGAGGCGUUUUAUUUCUCCUUUAUCACCACCACAACUAUCGGGUUUGGUGACCUGGUGCCUGCCACAUCCUCCCUGCUGUGCUGCACCCUCUACAUCAUGGUGGGUCUGGCCCUAACCUCGACGGUAAUCGAACUGGUGAGGCGACAGUACGCGUCUUCCUGGGAACACAUGAAGCAACUCUACACGAGUCUCCACUCUCUCACCGGACCCCUGGCCGAGGCCAUGAGGAAGCUGGCCGAGUCCGGGUCCGGCCAGGUGGAGGUGGAUGAGGCGCUGGUGAGGGAGCUCAGGGACCUGAACGUGGCGCUGGCGAAGGCGCAGAAGGAGCAGACCGGCGCAAAGGAAGAGGAAGCUGCGCAGGUCGACGACCCGUGGACCGCCCUUCUGAAUUUGACCGUUCAGGGGAAGAAGAGAAUUACCGUUGUUAUGUACGAGAGUCACGUCUGAUUGUCUUAGGUGUUGUUACGCCUGAUUGUCUUAGGUGUUGUUACGUCUGAUUGUCUUAGGUGUUGUCACGUCUGAUUGUCUUAGGUGUUGUUACGUCUGAUUGUCUUAGGUGUUGUUACGUCUGAUUGUCUUAGGUGUUGUUACGUCUGAUUGUCUUAGGGGUUGUCACGUCUGAUUGUCUUAGGUGUUGUUACGUCUGAUUGUCUUAGGGGUUGUUACGUCUGAUUGUCUUAGGUGUUGUCACGUCUGAUUGUCUUAGGUGUUGUUACGUCUGAUUGUCUUAGGUGUUGUCACGUCUGAUUGUCUUAGCUGUUGUUACGUCUGAUUGUCUUAGGUGUUGUUACGUCUGAUUGUCUUAGGUGUUGUCACGUCUGAUUGUCUUAGGUGUUGUCACGUCUGAUUGUCUUAGCUGUUGUUACGUCUGAUUGUCUUAGGUGUUGUUACGUCUGAUUGUCUUAGGUGUUGUUACGUCUGAUUGUCUUAGGUGUUGUCACGUCUGAUUGUCUUAGGUGUUGUUACGCCUGAUUGUCUUAGGUGUUGUUACGUCUGAUUGUCUUAGGUGUUGUUACGUCUGAUUGUCUUAGGUGUUGUCACGUCUGAUUGUCUUAGGUGUUGUCACGUCUGAUUGUCUUAGCUGUUGUUAUGUGCAAGAGACACGUCUGAUUGUCUUAGCUGUUGUUAUGUGCAAGAGACACGUCUGAUUGAGUCACGUCUGAUUGAGUCACGUCUGAUUGUCUUAGCUAUUGCCAUGUGCGAAUCAUGUCUCCUUAUCUUGAGGUUAUCUUGAGAUGAUUUCGGGGCUUAGCGUCCCAUGCGGCCCGGUCGCAGCUGUCUAACUCCCAGGUACCUAUUUACUGCUAGGUAACAGGGGCAUCAGGGUGAAAGAAACAUUGUGCCCAUUUGUUUCCGCCUCCACCGGGGAUCAAACCCGGAACCUCAGGACUACGAAUCCGAAGCGCUGUCCACCCAGCUGUCAGGCGCUGUCUUGCCGUUUUAGACCACAUUUCUCGGGUUCAUGUCUCGCACACACACACACACACACACACACACACACACACACACACACACACUAUUUACUCUGGACGUCUCCUGGGGUCCAUAAACAACCAAUUACACUGAUCUGCGUCAUUGGCUAAUAACCGAGGAUCUCGGGUUCUAUCUCCGGGCGGGACAGAGACGGUUGGGCACGAUUCCUUUCAUUUGAUGCCUCUAGGUACCCGUGAGCUAGGCAACUGUUGUGGGUUGCAUUCUGGGGAAGGUCAGUAGUUGGUUUAAGGGGACUUCGAUAAACUUUCAUUCCUGACAAUGGAAAACCAUAAGGUGAAUAAAGCUUUGAUUGU